GAGGCCGCGUGAGGCAACCACUCUAGCCGACGCCGCUCCACCGUAUGGUCGGAGCGUCUCAGUAGCCGUGUGCACGCGUGUGAGAGUGUGUGGGGUAGUUGUAGUCUAUAGCUGGGAGCCCCUCGACGCACCGGAGCGCCCCCGACACGAGGGCACAGGCCUGACACAACCUUCAUCCGAUUAAUUGAUUCAAACGACAGGAGAUCAGAGAGCGUGAAGGACACUCCCGAGGGAUGGCUUGCUCCAUCAGGACAGUGGUCGGCUGCGGCAUCUUCCUCGCUAUUGUCGACAUUAUUCACGGGCUGUGCACGGUGGGCUUCUACGGCUACCGCUUCAUCUCCUUCUACUUCUACUUGUGUCCCAGAGAGCUGGAUAUCGCAUAUUGCCAGAACAAGAUCUACAUCUACGAACAGCUGUUUACGUUCCGCACUUACAUCGGUCUGGGCGAGGGGGGCGUGACUCCUCUCUUUGACAUUAUCUACAUCAUCGCUCUGGUCAAGCACAAGCCGUGGCUCACAUGGUUCUGGCUCAUCAAGGCCUUCGGCUCCAUGGGCAUCAACGUCUUCUACAUCAGCUCCUGGAUGGUGCGACGGAUCAGCUUCCAGCACAUCACCUACCAGCCUGAGUACUUCGAGCAACAGUUCCUGGUGGCAGGGAUCACCCUCAGCAUCGCCCAACUCAUCAUCACCGUCAUCUUCUGCAUCAUCGCCGGCAUCUUCACCUACAAGGUGGCUGAGGAGCGAACUCGCAGCAGGAGGAGUCUGCACAAGAGCCCCAAGCUGAAGAAGCACGGACGAGCAACAGCGCCACCUCUCAGUAACUACGGCGACGAUGACGAUGACGAUGCCACGUCGACCAUGCGAGCGGGCACGGACCGUCACUUCACCAACCACGGCCUCGCCGACAGCACCAGCAAGCUGCCCCUCCCCGGCUCCAAUACCAGCCUCGAUAAAAAGAGCUGGGCAGAGGUCAGCCCGCAUACCGCCGUCUAAGGCGAACCCAGGUCGGGUGAGGGUCACCCUUUUGGCGUGUAAAUGCUUCCAAAUAUGAUUUCUGGCACCUACCAUAAGUGCCUCCCCUGUCCAGCGGCAGGGUUAGGACAUGGUGAAAGGAUCUAUGUUCUAAGUUAUACAGUUACGGUUUAAGAUAAGCUGUAUGUGCCUAAUCACUUCCUCAGACAUGGCAAUAUUAGUCACGGGAGGUCAGACACAUUUUCUGAUACUCGCACGAUGACAAGCCCGAGUCGAGACAGCCAGGAAACUCACCAGAACAUCAUCUGAACUACACAAAAAAUCUCGUUUCUCUGCGUCAGUACCCAAAAGGCGAAGCGUCCCAUGCACGAUGUGUUAAUCCACUCACCAAACCAGAUUUCACUUUGGCGUUAAAAGCAUGUAACUGAGUUCCUCCCCCGUCAAUUACCUUCCACCAUCCCUCUGUGCGUAGCUCAUUAGGGUGGAAAGCGUACUACCCCUCUUGUCAGGUACCUAACGAGGCUGUCACACCAUCCAACUCUGCUUUGCCAGCCUCUCUGACGGUAGAGUGGAGGCUGCGAGCGGGAGACAGAGAAAGAGAUAGAGUGAGAGAGAGACUCUGAAGGCUGCCAUUUCUCUGUGUCUCUCUGCACUGUACAAAGUCCCCUAAAGACUCGGCAUUAUUUUAGAAAGACAUGAAGCAUUUAUUAUAUUAUCUCUUAUGUAUGUUAUUUUAUUGUAUCAACUCUGUAAAGAGAGAGAGAGAGAGAGAGAGAGAGAGAGAGAGAGAGAGAGAGAGAGAGAGAGAGAGAGAGAGAGAGAGAGAGAGAGAGAGAGAGA